UUGUAUAUGGGAGCAGCAGGUUUGGGUAUGGGAUCAAUUUGGAUGCUGCUGUGGUAUCUGGGCGGGCUGAGCCAACAGCAAGAGGUUCAGAAAGGCUGAGUGGGUCCUGCUCUUUGGCCACAAUGAGCCCUGCAGCUCCAGGCGGGGCAGAGGGGCUGGAAAGCUGGGAAAGGCCCUGGGGGUGCCGGUGGCAGCGGCUGGACACGAGCCCAGGUAGGCAAGAAGGACAAGGGCACCUGGCCUGUGGCAGGAAUAGUGCGGCCGCAGGACCAGGGAAUGGCACUGGCGAGGCCACACCUCAAGUGUUGUGCCCAGUUCUGGGCUCUUCAGGACAAGAUGGAUGUUGAGGGGCUGCAGCAGGGCAAAAGAAGGGCAGCGGAGCUGGGGAAGGAGCACUGGCUGAGGGAGCUGGGAAAGGGGCUCAGCCUGGAGAAAAGGAGGCUCGGGGGGAUCUGCUGGCUCUGCACAGCUCCUGACAGGAGGGGCAGUGAGGGGGGCCGGGCUCUGCUCGCAGGGAACAGGGAUGGGACUAAAUGGCUUUAAGCUGCGUGAACAUGUGUCAUCUGCCCCUAAAGUUUGGAAAUUCAGACACUCUAUGUUCUGCAACAGGCGUAAAGACUAGUGCGGCCCCUUUUCUCCUAUCACCCUAAAGUUCAGAAUUGUCUGGGUCCUGUAACAAACUUGCCAGUUUGAUGUUCGUAGAGACAAAAAGACCCAUUUUCCCCCAAGACUGUCAAGCCAUUCUUUCAGACCUAGUCGCUCCUGAAGACAUUAACAGCCUAUUUGCCCUACAAUUACUGAAGACUCCCGCCUACGGAGCCGCACGUGGAGACAUUAGCACCCACUUUUCCUGCCACACCCUGAACGACCGCCCUGCUCCAGGAAUCCCCAGUCUCGGGGCCGCCAUUUCCCCAGCCCGCCCCUCACGGGCGGCCCCGCCCCGCUCCCGGAGCGCGGGAAACGCUGAGGGCGGGCGGCGCGCGCGGCCCCCGCGCCUGCGCAGUGCCGGCGGGCGGGGGAUUCGGAGCGGCGGCGGGAAGCGCUGAGGGCACCGGGCUGAGAGGAGCGAUGAGGGAGGCUCUGCGCGGGCGCUCGGGCAACCAGCCUGCCCCGGGCAGCCCCCUCCGGCCCGCCGCCCCCUCCAUGGCGCAGCCCGGGCACUCCUGGUCCCACACCCGCGCCGCGCUGGGGCGGCUGGAGAGGGCGCUGAGCUGCUCCCGCUGCGCCGGCGUCCUGCGGGAGCCCGUGUCCCUGGGGCAGUGCGAGCACGUCUUCUGCCUGUCCUGCGUGGGGGACUGUGUUGGCACUGCGUGCCCCGUGUGCCACAUGCCGGCCUGGGUGCAGGACGCGCAGAUCAACCGGCAGCUGGACGACAUGAUCCAGCUCUGCGGCAAGCUGCGGCAGCUCCUGGGCGCCUCAGAUUCAGCAGAAGAUACAUCCACACCGCCUGACUCACACUUAGGGAGAAAGAGCAAGAAGGAACAGAUAAAAAUGUGGUUCAGCCCAAGAAGCAGGAAAAUUCGAUGUGUGGUGAACAGGGAUCGGGCUGAGACUAAAAGCAACGACCUCGGUCAAGACACAUCUUCAGUUUAUGAGUUCUUCCCUUCCCCUCCUCACCAAACCCCCUCCAAGCCAACAAAAAAAACAACCCCGAGACAGAUUAAGAAGAUGAAGAAGAAACAUCUAGCAGACAUUAACAAAGAGUGGAGCUUAGAGGAACCUGAGCAGAAGAGAGCUGAGGAGAAGACUCCCAAGGAAAAGUGUGUGACCAUCUGCAGUCAGCCAGUAGUGCUGUGCACUCAGGAGCCAGAGAGUCCUGACAAAAGACCUCAGCAAGAGUCUGUAAAGGAACCUGACUCCAGCAAUAAUCAGGAAGAUGUGGAAGUUCUACCACAGGCAGAAUCCCCAGAGAAGAAAGAUGACAGUGAGGCUGUGUGCUCUGCACGAGAUAGCAAGGAAAAGAAUUGUGCUGCAGAGACAUUGCAGUCAGUAGCAAAUGAAGUGACGCCUUUGAAACGUGGAAGAGAGCAAUGCAGUCUGCGGGGCACUCCUCAGUCUAAAAGAGCAAGGAGGAGUGAGAGGAGCAUUCCUGGGAAGUCAGGCGGGCAGGCCGAGGGCUCAGAGGAGUCACUGCAGGGCUCCCCCGUCUGCCCAGCCACUGAACGGACACCAGCUCGGAUUUGUUCCUCUGCCUCCAAACUCGCUGACACUGCAGUGAAGACCAGAAGAUCUGCAGCCCUUCAGGCCAGAAGCAGCCCUUCACUUUCAGAAUCUCCCUCCACCCCAUCCACCCCUAAGAGCUGCAGUCGAGCAGCAACACCACUCAGUCCUGCUGUGUUGAGAUCCCCUGGCGGCAGCACAAUGGCCAGAAGAAAUCACAAGGGAGAGACGUUGCUCCAUGUUGCUGCCAUCAAGGGUGACUUAGCAGCUGUGGAGCAGCUGCUGAAGGACGGGGCAGAUCCCAAUGUCAAAGACAACGCAGGCUGGACACCACUGCACGAGGCGUGCAACCACGGGCACGGGGCGGUGGUGGAGCUGCUGCUGCGGCACCGGGCGCUGGUGAACACCACGGGCUACCAGAACGACUCCCCGCUGCACGACGCCGCCAGGAACGGGCACGUGGCCGUGGCCGAGCUGCUGCUGCUGCACGGCGCCUCGCGGGACGCCGUUAAUAUAUUUGGUCUGCGGCCUGUGGACUAUGCAGAAAGCGAGAAGAUGAAAUCUGUGCUAAUGUUACCAGUGAAGAAUGAAUCAUUUCCACUUAACCAGCCCUCUGAGGCACUGAGCUCCAGCCAGCCAAGAAAUGGACCCCUUGGAAUACUGGGGAGCAAUCUUAGUGCGGAGCAGCAGAAAUUGCUGAACAAAUUAGCAGCAGUCCUGAAGGCCCAGAGGUGCACUGAAUUUAACAGCAGAGUAACUCACCUGGUUAUCCCCAGUGUUCAAAUGCCAACUACUGUCAAAUGCAUGAUGGCUGUUCUGACUGGAUGUUGGGUCCUCAAGUUUGAAUGGGUACAGGCCUGUCUGCAGAGCUCAGCUCGAGAACAAGAGGAGAAGUAUGAAGUCCAAGGCGGCCCCCGGCGCGGGCGGCUCAACCGCGAGCAGCUGCUGCCCAAACUGUUUGACGGAUGCUACUUCUAUUUUUUGGGACCCUUCAAACAGCACCAGAAGAGCGACCUGCUGGAGCUGGUGAAAGCAGCAGGCGGCCAGAUCCUGCUGAGGCAGCCCAAGCCAGACAGCGACGUGACCCAGACCAUCAACACGGUGUCCUACCACGCAGACCCCGCCUCCGACCAGAGGCUCUGCACCCAGUACAUCAUCUACGACGCCACCUCCAAGUUCCAGCCCGAGAAAACCCGGCAGGGCAAGGUGUGGAUGGCCCCCUCCAGCUGGCUCAUCGCCUGUGUGAUGGCAUUUCAGCUCCUGCCUGUGAAGGGAACAUCAAAUGGCAGCAGGCCAAGAGCAAGGCUGGAAAAUCUUUAAAUUCAAGGCUGAGUCUUGGGCAGAUGGGAUGCUCUGGCAAACUGCUCUGAAGCUGGGAGUUCUGUUUUGGAUUCAGGAGAGCUUUCAGCAUUUAAGUGAGUUACUAAGGUGGCUGAUACGCUAGAAUAAAUGAACAUACAGUGGAGGAGAAGAUUGAAAAGUAUUAUUUAGUAUGCUUUAUUUUUGCAUUGAACUUAAUAAAUGCUUAAUAAAUAAUCACUGACAUUUUGUAACUGGAAUUUGGCAAAAUUAAACCUUUUGCUUUCUUGAUUUGAACCAACCCUUUGUAGGCAAUUGAGCAUGACCCCAUUUAUGUUGUGCUUAGCAUUCACUGGUAAGGAUCAGCUGUAUUUUUCAAGAUUUCCCAGGCUAGAAUUUGUAUUUUUUUUUAAAUAACAGACUCCAUGCAUCUGAACCUGUGCAGACUUGUCAGGUGACAUGUGACAUUUAUUAUAACUUUUUACAACUGAAUUUUGCUGGAAAUUGUCGGCAUGGGGGAGUUAAAUAAAUGGCCUGAAUUCAUCUGGAAGCAGACACUUUUGAGAACACUGUAUUUAAAAAUCUUGGUCUAAAAUUUACUUAUUUGUAAAAAGAUUGAUGCCUUACUCACUCCUGUCCUCAUUCAUGCUUGUAAACAUGUAACUAGAAUUCAGUUCUAUUUUCUGAAGGCUUUUAAGCAUUGAGAUCCUUAUUUAAUUAUUAUAAUAAAUAUUUUUGUAAGUUUGGAUGGUUGCUCUCAUGGCUACUUUAAAGGAAGAAAAAAAAGUGAUCACAAAAGAGUUCUGCUUCAUUUCUACCUAAACAGGUGGCUGCACUGGAUCAAUGGCUGAUUAUUUCAUAUUUGUUACUGCAUUUCUCAUAAUGGCUCAUAAGUUAUUGUCAGAAUCUUCCGCCCUCAUCUGUGCUCUUGUGUAAUGUUUUGUAUCUAAGCUUAUCAAUUUGUAAAUGAGAAAUGGUGUCUUGGAAUAACACACAAUAAGAAUGAUGGUUGUGGGCUAGUGCACAAGUUCUGUGUGUUUGUUUUU